AUGGAUGAUGAUGAUGAUGGUGGUGGUGGUGGUGGUGGUGAUGGUGGUGGUGGUGGUGGUGGCGGUGGUGGUGGUGGUGGUGGUGGUGGUGGUGGUGGUGGUGGUGGUGGUGGUGGUGGUGGUGGUGGUGGUGGUGGUGGUGGUUCGGGAGGGCGAUCAACGUUAAUUGCCGGCGCGGGAGGCGACGGAGUGGUGGACGGAGAGGCGACGGUUGGUGCAGUCCGGUUGCUGCAGUUGGUCCGGAAGUGUCCAACAAGUCCAGUUUGCGCCGGAAUGUCCGUUAACAUCGUGGACACGUUGGAGGCGGAUUUGGUGCUGCCGCCUCAGCUUCAGUGCUCGAUGAAGGCAACUGAGGUGGUAAUGGUUGAGUCUACGUGCCUGCUUCAUAUAUAUCGUCCAGGACUCUGCUAUAUACAGCAACGUCGGGAGGAUGAAGGCCUUGCACAUCUUCAACAGCAUUGUGAACCGGAGGCCAUGACGAUUCCAAACUGUACUUUGAAGACGACCGAAGGCUUGACUGACCUUGGAAAUCUAGCGGACCACUUCAUCGUCGAUUUUGGUGCUAUAGGAAAGGGCGCUGUCCAGAUAUGUUAA